AUGGAUAGAGUUUGUCGCGUUUGCAUGUGCUCAAAAGACCUGGUGGAUAUAUUCGCGGAGGGGAAACUGUCUGAUUGCGAACUCACCCUAGCGGAGAUGUUAAAUGAGUGCGUCAAGCACCAAGUGAAGCCGACGGAUAAACUUACAAAGAAGAUAUGCAGGUCUUGUAUUUCAGAUGUGAAAAUAGCUAAUAGAUUAAAACGCAAUGCCGAAAAUAGCCAUAAGCGACUAAAUAAUAGUCUACAAGAAACAGAUUUGGAAGAAUUUAUCGAAACGCUAGAAGCAGAAGAUUGGGAACUCGUGCCGGAUCCAAUUAAAAAAGAGCUGGAGGAAUUAGAGGUCCAUUUAGAGAGCCCACAAGAAAGUCACAGUAAUCAGACCCGAGCACUGAUCAUCCUAAAAGACCUGUCCAAAGCAGCUGCCUGCCAUAAACUAACCGAUCAAUUGCUCAGCAUGUUGCCCAAAACCACAAAUAUGAUGAUACGCCAGACAUAA